UCCCAUCAUUCGUAGCGACGCCCGAAAGUAUCAACACCGUGGCGGCGGCGCCGUUUCUGAUUUGCAACAACUCGUGUAUUUCUGGCGUUUUUUCCUCUGUCUCGCGAUCUCAAUCUAUCAGGACAUCCCCAGCAUAUAUACAAAUAUAACCUACUGUGCAGUCUAAAACAGUCUAUUUUCCCCUCGCACGGACUGUUAUUCAGUUGAACGUGCAUCUUGGCGGUGGUCCUGGCCACACCGUCACUAUGUGCGACUCUGCCUCCAGUUCACGAAGCGGGCGGCCGAAGCGGACCUGCACGCGGGGUAAGACGUACGUGGACCCGGCUGACGCGGAGGAGGCGCACGAGGAGCGGAGACUGACGGCCAACCUAAAGGAGCGGCACCGCGUGCAGGUCGUCAACACGGCGUACGCCAACCUCAUGGGGAAGCUGCCGCCGCCGCUCAUGCACGCCAUGUUCCAAGGAAAGAAGAUGGUGACCAAAGUGGACAUCCUGAACGCGGCUGGACACUACAUCCACAACCUGCAGGUCAUCAUGUCCAGGUUACACCAGGUCCCUGAGAGCGGAGGUGAAAGUUCAGACCGCCCGAGCGACUCCAGCUCCGGCACCAGUGACCGGUCGACUCCAUCCGGUGAUGAGAACCUCCUCAGCGUGUUCGAGAACCUGACCAAGGCAGACGACAAGGAGACAACUGAAAACGAUCAGGACUUGACAACAUCCGACUAGCCGAUUGCUACACCCUCCUCACUGUUGACUGAUGUCAUGUAGGGAACAGAGAAAGAUGAAGCUUUGGUGACAGACUUAACACACUAGCUGGGUGUCCUAGAAGUAACAUAUGUGUCUACUGGAUCAUACCCUGGGACAGGACGAUACCCAGUAGCCUGGGCACCACCCGAUUUCUACCGGGGUUCCUUACACUCUCAACCCUAGACUGCUAUAAAAACUUUUUAGGGUAGCAAGUGCAAUGAGCCCGGUAAAAAUUGGACGGUACCCGGGCUAGAUACGAGUACGCGGGGACGGCAGGCGGUUUCCUCGGCGGCUCAAUGCAGUCUGCCCGCCAGUCUAUCUUUAGUAGCGCUCCUGGGAGAUUUAGCCUGAGGGAGUUUUGCCCGCCCCUGGUAAAGGAAAGGGCAGCGAAAACUCAUUCGGACUUUAACUCCCCGAAUUGCCAACUUUAGUUCGGCGGGCAGACUCUGUUGGGCCGCCGAAUAAGCUGUUUGGCUGCCCGGUCCGGUCUGAUAUCCAGAGUAACUGGAUCAGUUUGCAAUAGUUUUGUUUAUAGACUGUCGUUGAAGGUGGAAAGGAAAGUCAGUUAUAUUUCUAAAACAUGUUACUGUUUAUUGUCAUUUUACAAAGUUUAACGUGUUACAAUCAUGCAAAAACAAGUAGAAGAAGAAAGUUUUACGAGUUCGUUUUGUUAUCAAGACGUAGCAACAAUCAGGAAAACAAGUUGUUUAAAUUGCACUGCGUUACGUUCAAGACUUAGAGAUAUAUGCGCAUGCACCUUUCCAUUUCACUUAAUAAUAAUGGCGAAUAGACAGACACACACUAACGCACGCGUUUUGAGACCUUAGAAAAGAUAGCUAGAUGCAGAUAAGGUAACAAUCAAGGAAACGCAUGUUUGAAUUUCACUCUGUUAUAUUUAGAUACCUUAAAGAGAUAGAUGCACUUCUAGAAAUUAUGCUCAGACACUUCGAGACUGUAGGGUUACACAAAGGUUGCUGAAUUAUAUAAUCAUGUUGUAUACAAUAAAGUUCGGGUUUCAUUAGUU